CAUGUCAAUAAUUUUCCAGCUAGAAUUCCAGCUGUCAACACACAACGAGAGGUGGUAAAUGAGGGAGAAACGGUCAUUCUGAGAUGUGAAAUACCAUCCGCAAACGGUGACAUGAUGUUGAGUUGGCAUCGUGAGGAUUUACGGCCGCUCCGAGACGGCAUUACGGACCGCAAAGGUGCACUAACAAUUGAUAAGGUAGAGCCAGGUGAUGCAGGAGCAUACGUAUGCUCGGCGGUACCGAGAAACGGUGUCGGAGUUGGUGUGAACUCACCACUUGUCUAUCUUGUUGUUAAGCCAACUGGAAGUACGUUCGUUUUUGGGCUUAUAGCGGCAGCAGCUAACACACCAAUUGUCGACGCAUCAUCAGAUUCAGUUAACGAAGAUGCACCAGUUAGAUUCCGGUGCUAUCUGCCGGGUUCACCGGAUGCCGAGGUUGAAUGGACAAAAGAGGAUGGUAGUCCAAUAAACGAGAAUGCUAUCUACGAACAGGGUGUACUAACCAUCAUGCAAACGAAACCGUCUGAUAGUGGCUCAUAUGUUUGCACCGUAAAAGAUCCACUGACCGCAAACCCGGUCUAUUCAUCACCGAUUCAUCUUAAUGUUAAUGCAGCACCUCCAAAAGCACCAAUAGUUGUGUCUCCUGAAGAAACUGUAAACGAAGGAGCACCAGUAAGACUCAGAUGCUACUUGCCCGGAAAUCUUGGUGCAAAAUUGUCUUGGAUUCGAGAAGAUGGUGCUCCACUAGGUUCUGAUGUUACCGAUGAACAAGGCAUUCUAACGAUACCACAAGCCAAACGCACAGACGCCGGCAGCUAUAUCUGCUUGGCGCAAGAAAGUGAUGGUGCAGCACCAUUACGUUCUGAACCAGCUAGAAUUAUCGUAAACGCACCAGAUACACCUCUUGCCCCUCCGACACCUACCGUCGAAAUAUCGUCAGAUACGGUUGUCGAAGGACAAGCCGUACGCUUGACAUGUCAUAUACCAAAUCGACCCGAAAUAAAUCUUUACUGGAAGCGACAAGACGGCAGUCCAUUGCCAAGUGAUGCCGUUGAGUUACGUGGUACUCUAACGAUUAUGCAAACGAAAUCGUCCGAUUCCGGUGCAUACGUUUGCGCAACCGGACAUCCGGAUGACUAUGAUACACUCAGUGCAGAGUCAAUGCCUAUACACUUAACUGUAACCUCAACUGAACCAGAACAACAACAGCGGCAACCAGAGCAGUACGGUCCCGCAGCCACUCCAACUGUUGACGUAUCGUCGGAUACGGUUGUCGAAGGUUCACCCGUACGGUUCACAUGUCAUGUGCCGAAUCGACCCGAUUUGAACGUCUACUGGAAACGACAAGAUGGCAGUCCACUGUCGACCGAUUCC